CCGCGCUCAGCUCCGUUUUGGGUCCACUUUCAGAAGCGGAGCCAGUUCAAAGAAAAAACAAAAGUUUCCUACCGUGCGAUUCGUAUAUUAAACGAAUCUUGUGUGUGAUACAAAUUGCCAAAAGAAACAUGAAGCUCGUCCUCGUUCUGGCAACAGCGUUGUGCGUGGUGACAGUCAGCUCGUAUCCGCUUCCCGAAGGAGAAGCCUUCAACAUGAGACGUCUUCAGUCCGAGGCACUCGAUCGGCUGGUGAUGGUCGAAGCCGACAACGAGACCGCCCUGAGAAGCAAAAGGACAAUCGGUAUCCUGCGAGAACUGUUCCCCGAGGUUUCUCAGGACGUGAACCCGGAAGCGGAGGACAGGGUGAACGAGGUGGCAGCCGAGUCGCAGAACAACGAGGUGAAAGUUCAAUUCGCCGACGAGCCGAACAGCAACGACGCGGCACCGUUGACACCGUUGGACGAGGCGGAAGGUGAAGACGACGAGAACAGAAACAAGAGGUUCCUCAACUUCGGCUUCGGAGGAUCGGGAGGUUCCGGAAGCGGCGCCGGUUCUGGAAACUUCCUCUUCGACAUAAUCAGGCAAGCGGCCGACGGGGCGGCAAGAGCGGCGGGCACGGUGUACCGCGUGGUGGCAGGUACGCAGAGCCUAGGGCUCGGCUUAAGCGCCUCUCGGGACUUGAGCCCGGUUCCCCAAGGUGCCGCCCCUGCUGCCGCUCCAGCUGGUUCCUCGUCCACGGCGGGAUCCUCGACCAGUGCACCGGCCGCGUCAGAAGCCGGCAACCUACCACCGCUCGUGGCCGGAAGUGGAGGAAACUCUUCUGGCGGCGUCGCUGGAAAGGCCGAGGAAACUCCGGAAGCGGUUCCUGGACCAGUUACCAGGUUGUUUGUCAUCGCGAACAGAGGAAUUUCGAACCUUAUUCAGGAUCUCAUUCUUCGUCUGGCAGCGACAAGCGAGCGCAUCGUGAACUUCAAGGCGAGAUUGAUCACUUCCAUCAUUUAGAGGUCAACGCCGCGCGACAGCGAUAGGAUGUGGAAGUACAAGAAAAGUAUCGAUGGUCCUGAAAACUCUCGGGAGCCACGUGGGAGCCAUUUAGCCGAGCCGUGAUCGUUCUCCAAGCUGGAACACGGGUACGACGUUGGCAACGCGGCCAGCCUCACGCGUUGCCCCCUUGUCCCCGAGGUCCGACGUGUCACGUCGAUGAUUAGCGUAAUCGUCCACGUGAAACAAUUAUAAAAGGCGUAAACCUCGCGACUCCGAGUUCAUUCGUCACAUCAGAUCGCGCGGCGAUCACCUGUCUCUCCUCCGCCUAUCCUCCUGCCUCGCUUCUCUUUCUAUUCUCUCUUUCUUCGUUUCCUAUCUCUCGUCCUCCAACGUGUAAUUUUUUUUCUCUCUAAUC